CUGCCGCGGCGGCGCAUUGUCUAUUUUUAAUCGAAUACUAUAUUAUUAUUAUUAUUAUUAUUAUUUACUAUUGCGUGCUUGCAAUACGCUACGUUACGAUAACCGGUAACCGAGUACUCGUCGCGAUAACGGCCGCGCGGACCGUCGCGUAUUUUAUUGCGUGUACGAUUAUUGCGUUUCCCAUGCAGUCCGUCCGCAACGAUAUCGCCGACAUAUUAUCGCGGUUGUUCGUUGUGAUAACACGACGCCGAUAGUCGAUACACAAUAAUACCUUAAUAUUAAAUAUAAUUUUAAAAAACACGACUGGUAGGUUAUAACACCAAAUAACAAUAUUACAAAAUAUAAUAUUGUCGUAUUGUCAUAGCCGCGGCAUAUUAUCUGUCAUCGCUUCGGUCGCAAUUUAUACCACUCUGUUUUCUUACCAAGUGUUAAUAUUAAUAAUACAAUAUUAUUAUUAUUAUUAUUAUUAUCUUCCCCCCUCUCCAAAUCCAUCAUCGUCGUUGACGCUAGUGGCGUCGCGUUGCACACGUCUUGCACACGCAAGUAGGCGAUUCGUCCGGUGGCUAGUCUCUAAUCACUUGCGCGGGUCGCCUUCGGUUUCGUCGUCGUCGGCGAACUUAGUGCGCGCGUGUUGUCUAUGCGCUGCGGUGGUCCUCCUGCAACGUGUUUGUCGAAAGUUCGUGAAAGCUUUUUUGUUGGACGCCGUUCGUCUUGCGACACAGCCGAUUUAUUUGCCUAGACCUGGUAACCAUAGGAUAGUAUUGUAUAUAUGCUUGUCGACUUUUGAUGUUCAAUGUUCUGCUCUGUGAAGGUGUUAAAAACUGUUGACCACGACUCUGGCACAGAAUCUGACGACGAACACAGUCCCGAUAGAGAACCCAAAAUUACAAAACCAGGAGUACCUGAGUCUACUCGAUUAAUGGAGAACAUUGGGAAUGAAGAUAUGGUUGGUGAUAUGGAACCUACAAGGUCUUCAAGCAGUGGUCGCAGUAGUGUUGCCACUCCUGGUCCUUCCCCAUAUUUCUUAGACUCUGCUUUACCCAGUGACUGUGAUCAACACAGUUCUGAAGAAGAAUUAGAAGUUAUAAAUAGUAAUCCAGAAGCAUUACUGCAAGUUGAACUACCUACACCUGAUCCAGAUGAAGCAAAUUCUUGCGGUGUUCCUGAAAACUCUGUAGCAUCAUUAGCUCGUAAACGUUGUCGAUCAGCUAGUGAAGCUGGUUGUGGAAACACAAUAGCUGUAAGCUGGUCAGGUUCAUCUGACGAUGAAGUACAAGGACUUAUGUCAACUAGACCAACUCCAUUAAAAUUUUGUGCGUCUCCCCCAUCUCAUGUACACAAACCAGGACAGUGUACUGUAUCCUCUUCACCUCCUUUAAAAUUAGUACACUUGUCACCUAGACAAUCUGUAUCUUUGCCAAACACUUCUCCACGUAAACGACACAGACAAAGGCAUCAUCCUACUCGUAACGUGCAGAGGCCUUGUUUAGACUUCGAAAAAAUGCAACAGCUUAAAUCGUUGUCGGCAACUUCGUGGAGGCAUACCAGCAAAGAUCACAGCGGCGAAUUGUCAGUGUACUGUUGGUGAUUCCAUAAGAUAAAACUGUUGUUUAUAUAUUUUCCUUCUUUUUCAAUUUUUAUUUUUAUCUAGAAAGGCUGUAUUGAUAAUGUUUAAAUCGUUAAGUUCGCCAUAACUUACUAUUUUUGGCCAAUUUAUUUUGUGUGUUUCGGUCCUGUGCCACGUGUUAUUUUAACGAUACUCUACUACAUAGCACUAAAAAUGUGGUACGUGGUUCUUUUGGAUGGCCUUAUGCAACAUGAAAUUAAAAUUUUUAAUUUUAAUAAAACUGAGCCAGUUUAUUGAAUUAUUUUA